GAAGGAGCGCGUGCGAAUCACUAGAUAUGGUGAUCAAUCAACCUCCACCGGUCGAUCUCCGGGACAGCCGACACGAUGGUCCGGCCAUCGGUAUCGACUUGGGGACCUGUAACUGUUGUGUGGCUAUUCGUCGCCGCGGACACGUGGAAGUCAUUGCAAACCGCGAUGAUGGGGAGAGAAUCAUCCCAUCUUACGUGGCGUUCAAUGCGAGGGGGCGGGAGAUCGGUAAAGCGGCUAGACAGGCGGCAGCGGAGCAUCCCAACUGUGUCGUGUACGAGUCGAAGAGAAUCCUCGGCAGACGAUUCGACGAUGCAGAGGUGCAAAGGGACCUAGAGAGGUGGCCAUUCAAGGUGGAGAGAGGAUCUAACGGUGAGCCUGUGAUCGUGGUACCGAGCAGGGAAUCGACCGUCGAGAAGCUUCUGCCCGAAGCGAUCUCGGCAGAACUGCUUAGGAAGUUGAAAGCCAUGGCUGAGGAGGCCGCAGGUUGUGAGAUCAACAACGCCGUCAUCACCGUCCCAGCUCACUUCAACGACGCUCAGCGAAGAGCGACAAGGGAUGCUGGAGAAAUCGCAGGACUGAACGUUCUUCACUUGAUGAACGAGCCGACUGCCGCCGCUAUUGCUUACAUAGAGAUGAAGAAGCUAAAGGUCCACGGCAACAAUGACGUUGAUCUUCUAUGCAGUGGAGGGGAGAAGGAGAAGGUGGUCGGCGAUGGCGGCGGCCAGGAGGACGACGACGACGAAGAAGAAGAAGAGAAGAAGACCAUCGUGGUCUUUGAUCUUGGGGGAGGCACGUUGGACGUCUCCAUCAUGACGAUUAGUCAAUCGCAGUGCAUCGUGUUGGCAUUAGCAGGAGACACGCACUUGGGAGGCAUCAAUUUCGACCAGCGUCUGCUCGAUUACGCACUGCAGGUUCUGCGAGAAAAGCACGGCCUCGAUAUCUCCAACGACAAAAGACGGUUGUUCAAGCUUCGACAACAAUGCAUAAUGGCCAAGCACAAGCUGUCGACAGACACGAGGGCUGAAGUUCAAGAGGACUCGUCGAAGAUCAAGCUGCAGAUCAUGCGUUCGAACUUCGRCGAAAUCAAUCGKGAUCUAUUCGAUAGAUGUGUCCGUUCGGUGGACUCAGCAAUGAAGGAUGCGAAUUUGUCAGYGGGCGAGAUCGAUGACGUUCUUCUAGUGGGAGGCUCGUCCAACAUUCCUAAGAUUYAGAAACUGCUGAAGCUUUUCUUCGAAGGUCGAGAGCCGUUGAUCGCUGUCAAUCUGGAUGAGGCGGUGGCGUACGGAGCUGCCGUGAAGGCAGACAUGCUGGGGGGUGAUCGAUGUGCCGAUCUCGAUAAGAUCACAGUUCGAGACGUAACACCGCUCAGCCUCGGGGUCCGAACCCGGUUCGGCAAGAUGAACGUCGUUAUACCAAGGAACACACCCAUACCGGCGGAAGCCUCGCGUACCUACGCGAUGGCUGCUGAUAAUCAGACGAUCGGGUACUUCGCCGUCUUCGAAGGAGAGCGCCCUCUUGUCAAAGAUAACCGUUUUCUUGGAGGUGUGAAGUUUCCCGGAUUCAAGCGGGACGAAGCAGGGAGAGGGAGAGCUGAUGCCGUGCUUCGGAUCGACGAGGACGGGAUAGUGCACCUCACAGUCCGUGCCAAACGGUGUCACACCACGCCGGGCAAAACGAUCAGCACGACGAUCACUGACAAAGGCAGGCUGUCGAAGAUGGAGAUCCAGGCGAUGUCGGAAGAAGCGGAGCGAUUCAAGUCAUCAGAUGAAGAUGUCAGUAAACGGUGCGAUGCCAGAUCUUCCUUAGAAGCUCUUGCCAGGCGAGUUAAAAAGAAGCUGAGCAAGCUGAGCAGCGGGGAGGCGAAGGAGCAGCGGGGAGGCGAAGGACUCUCUCCAGGAGACUGUCACCCAAGUUUUGAGCUGGCUGGACAGCUCAGCGAUGGGCGUGGUCCCGAAAAUGGAAGAGUUGAUGGCACUUCGCACUAAGUUAUAGACCGCCUGCGAUGUCGCAGGGUUAGCUGUAGAGUUAACAGAUGGGUGAGUUGAUUGCAAAUCGCACUAAGUUGGUUGUUAACCGCUUGCGAUGUCGC